AGCGCAUCCAAGGUGAGCUGGAACCUCUUAGCCAGUUAGCCUGCUGGCUAGCUUGCGUGCUGGAAUUGAUGCCAUUUUAUAAUAUUUCACCGAUUUCGACUGCGCAUUAAAGCAGCAAACAACUUGUUAAGAGCUUCAGAUUUCGCUCGAAGAAGAAUCGAUGGCCACCGUGGAGGAGGUGCCCCUGGGCUUCGGGGAUGGGGCGGAGCCUCAGGAUAAAGACGCCCAAUCGGAUGCCGGCGUGGGGAGCUCUCCCUCGGGCGAAAACUCGGGACCGAUCCUCGCCUCGCUGCUCGACAGCGGAGAGGACUUCGACAUGCUGAACGCCGAAGAGGACGGUGACAACGACGAUGAUGGCGAUGCUGACCUCCCGCCUCUGGAGGACAUUAGCAAGGAGAGGAAAGUGCAGAAUAAGAGCGCCCCAGAGGAUUCUGGGAUAGCCACUGCUGGGGUUGCACAGACCACAGAAUGGCUGGAUGUGUUGGGAAAUGGGCAGCUGAAGAAGAAGGUGGUGGAGGCAGGGCAGGGGCCCGACAGCCGACCGCGGAAGGGCCAGAACGUCACCGUCCACCUCAAGACCUCAUUGGCCGACGGCACCGCCGUGGAGGAGGAGCCAAGCCUCUCUUUCACUCUCGGGGACGGUGAUGUCAUCCAGGCUCUGGACCUCGCUGUGCAGCUGAUGGAGCUCCAGGAGACGGCCCUGGUCCAAACUGAUCCCAAAUACGCCUACGGAACUCUGGGAAGCGCGGCCCCCCCGGUGCCCCCCAGCGCGGCUCUGACCCUGGAGCUGAGGUUGCUGGAGGUCGUUGACCCCCCGGACCUGGAGCUGCUGACCCCGCCCGAGCGCAUCGCCCUGGCGGACAGGAAGCGGGAGCGCGGGAACGCCUUCUACCAGCGGGCCGACUACGCCGCCGCCGUCAACGCCUACGCCCUCGCCCUGCAGGUGGCCGAGUCCAGCUCCAAGGUGGACAUCAGCCCACAGCAGGAGGCAGAGCUCCUGGAGGUGAAGGUGAAGUGUCUGAACAACAUGGCCGCCGCGCAGCUGAAGCUGGAGCACCUGGAGGCCGCGCUGCGCUCCUGCGUGUCCGUGCUGGCGCAUCACCCCGGCAACGUCAAGGCCCUGUUCCGCAAGGGCAAGGUCCUGGCCCUGCAGGGAGAGUACACCAACGCCAUCAGAGACCUGAAGAGCGCCCUGAAACUGGAGCCCAGCAACAAGACCAUCCAUGCAGAGCUCUCCAAGCUGGUGAAGAAGCACUCCGAGCACAAGGGGGCGGAGCAAGCCAUGUACAAGAAGAUGCUGGGAAACCCCGCCCCCCCCGCCCCACAGAGGCAACGGGGCGAGUCCUCAUGGAGCAUCAGCUGGAAGUGGUUGUUUGGUGCCACUGCGGUUGCGAUCGGGGGCGUGGCCUUGUCCGUGGUCAUUGCGGCCAGGAACUGAGGAGAUUGGUUGGUCUCGUAGCUCCACCCCCCCACCACCCAACGGAAACAAAAGAACAGCCUAAAGACGGGUGGCAGCUGGCUGCACCACCAAAGACUUGUGAGAUGUGGAUUCAAACUGGAGCCAAUCAGCGCUGAGCAUUGGGUCUGUGAGGGAGGGCGGGAGCCAAUCGGCACUCAGGAUUGGGUCUAUCAGAGGGAGGGAGGGAGGGAGCCAAUGAGCUUUGAGGAUUGGGUCUGUGAGGGAGGGAGGCUGUUUAUCUAUGCCGAUAUUUCCUACGCUCUUAGAGACAACAGAAAAUGUGAUUGAGGAUAAUAAUUUAUUGUGUUCUGUACUUAUGCAAAAUGACCGUCAAUGUUGUAAGUGCGGGUGGCAGAUGUGUGCUGUCUGGAUGCGCGAUGUGUGUGGCUGUCUGUUUGUUGUUUAAUCCCCCCCCCCCACAAAACGCACGCACGCACACACACACACACACCCCCCCCCAAUAACCAGGAGUGCCAGGAUCAAUAGCUGGCCACCAUGGCAAAAUGGAGGACUGCUCACAAGCCAGUAAAUCCUUUUCUUAACUGAAUAGCGUAGAGAUCCUGCACCCAUUCCGAAUGUCAAUUUCUACUCAAGGAUUAGAAGAACCAAAAUUGUUGUGUAACCUUUUUUUUUUGUGUACUUGUUUUGUACUAAGAGGUUAACUUCAUAGUUUCCUCUUUUUGAACAGAAAUCCUUUUGUGUGUCAUCUGAACCUGUGGAAUGUUCUCGCUGGCCAUGACAAUUACACACUGGGAUGAGAACUCUUGACCAAUCGUUGGGGCCGCUCCUCAGCCUCGUUGCAUUGUGGGAAAUGUAGUCUGCAGGAUGAGGGGCAAAAAACACAUUCCACCUUUAGUUCCUGAAAACUGUUGCUAUUCGUGAUGGGAGAAUGAGGUUCCCUGCACCCCAUAAUGGGAGGAGCUGCAGGGAUCUCUCAGUCAUUGGCUUGUCUUAACCAAUUAAAAGGGAUUUUCUCUCCACAAUAAAACAGCAGUUGGUUGAAAUGUGUAAGCAAAGGAUAGCGCAUGCUAGUUAUGCCCACUUGUGCUUUUGUGAAUCCUGUUUUUUAUCACUUUUUAUCACUAGUUGAUCGUGGGUUGAAGCAGGAGGGUGGAUGUUCUUGGUAGUGUUUUUUUCUGUUUAUUGCUCUGGACCAUACCUCGUUUGUUUGUGUUUUUCAGACCUGUUUAAGGGGAUUAUUCCAACAGAGCUAUUUGAUUUGUUUUGAUAUUUUGUGAUGUUUUUUUUUUUUCUUCUUUCUAUUAUGUAGCAUUCUGUAAUUUUUAUUUGAUGACUAUAUAUUAAAUGUUCAACCGCAAAUUAUCAGGUGCACAAACUUGAGACACUGACUCGGACCAGAAGUAAAAUUAUUUACAGAAAAGCACACGCACUUCUAGACCAUAUAUAUACAGCAACUUUACAACUAUAAGUGUCCUGCUUUGGAUAAAGGCGCUAUAAAUGCCAGCCAUAAGGCACAGCACUGUGACAUCAUGCUGCAGCCCCUCCAUUUCAGCUUGCUGCUUUGUUGCUAUCUGGUACACUAUUAUUUUGUUUAAAGAUUGGGCCAAAGUCAAUUUUUGUGAUGCAGAUUUAACAGUUCCUGCUACUUUUUAAAUUGUUUGUUCUCCUGCAGUGCUCUGCAGUCUUUUAACUGUUCGAUGCUUUAAAGGCAAUCGCCAAAAAGACGUGGUUUUACAAAAAAAAAAACAUUGUUUUUUUUUAGGGGUUUUUUUUUUUUCCUGGUGAUAGUGAUGAGGUACGGAACCAUUGGCUUGGUACCUGCAGGUUCCUGCUUUGAUCCUGAUUGGUGGGGUGUUGCCAUGGCGCCCAUGGCCCAGGUGCUUGACUUGAGCUGCUUCAGUGACUCAGCUAUGUGAAAAAUGAAUCGUGAGCCAUGAAAGUGCAUUUUGUCACGCAAAUAAAUGAUAGUAGCAAAUGAAA